CCGAACCCGACUUGUACUUCCUUCUCUCCCCCUUUUGCGCAACACCAGAAAAAAAGGUCCAUCCGCAACCAUGGAUGGCGUACAGGGUCCGCCUCCCGAGGGCCCGAUUGCCUCGAUCGCAGAACCGGGCAUCAAGGCCGACGGUCAACUGCUGUUCGACCUGCGCCGCGAGGUCGCCAAUCUCUUGCAUCGCAACCAGACCAGCUUCCCCGGCGCGCAGCCCGUCAGCUUCGCGCGGAAACACGUCGAUGAGUUACGGAAUAGAGACUACUAUGUUUGCGAAAAGUCAGACGGCAUCCGGUAUCUGCUAUACCUCACGGAAGACGAGGGCCGGGAGAUCCACUACCUAAUCGACCGGAAAAACGACUACUGGUACAUCAAGAACAGCAGCUUCCACUUCCCGCGCAAGGACGACCUGACCAAGUUCCACACGCGCACGCUCAUCGACGGCGAGCUGGUCAUGGACGACACGGGCAAGGGCACAAAGGAGCCGCGGUUCCUCGUCUUCGACUGCCUCGUGCUGGACGGGCAGGACCUGAUGUCGCGGACGCUCGACAAGCGGCUCGCCUACUUCAACGAGAACAUUUACAAGCCCUACCGUGACUUGUUCAAGCAGUACCCGGAGGAGCGGGACUUCCAGCCGUUCCUGGUGGAGAUGAAGGCCAUGCAGCUGAGCUACGGCAUCGAGAUGAUGUUCCGCGAGAUCCUGCCCAAGCUGAGGCACGGCAACGACGGGCUCAUCUUCACGUGCGUCAGCAGCGAGUACAAGCACGGCACCGACCCGCACAUCCUGAAGUGGAAGCCGCCGGAAGAGAACACGGUCGACUGCCGGCUGCGGAUGACGUUCCCUACGGUGCAGCCGGGGGAAGGGGACGAGGAGGCCGAGGGCCCCUUUGUGGACUACGAGGCGGUGCCGCGGGCGGAGCUGUGGAGUUUUAUGGGGGACGGGCGGUAUCAGUUCUUUGACGAGGUGCAUAUUACCGAGGAGGAGUGGGAGGUGCUGAAGGGCCUCGGGGACCCGCUCAACGACCGCAUCGUGGAGUGUCACAAGGACGACCUGGGCCGGUGGCGGAUUAUCCGGUUCCGCGACGAUAAGUCGGAGGCGAAUCACAUUUCUACCAUCAAGAGCGUCAUGGAGAGUAUCGAGGACCGGGUUACGGAGAAGGAUCUUGCGGAGGCGGCUAAGGGGAUCAAGGAUAAUUGGAAGACGCGGAAUGCCAAACGGUAGUCUUUCCAUCAUUUUUUGUUUUUCCCUACGCAAAGAGGAAGAGGAGACGAGGGGAGGAGAAGCCGAUGAGAGAUACCUGGUUGGAUUCUAAAGGUGGUCAGGUACGGGGGGUUGAGGAUGCAUGGCGUGGAUGAUGUGUGAGUACUGUACGUGUGCGGAUCAGGAUUGACGAUGGCGUCUUGGUGUUGUGUUUUAUUGCAAAAAGCUCCUCAAGCAAACAGAGAAUACGGAGGGGAGGUCAAAAAGAGACGACGGCGGAGGUUGCGAUAUUGCCUCCUUUCAGACAGCCCUCAUCAAUUCUCUGCUCUAUUGAUGUCCGGCUAGGAUGUGAGCAUGAAGUACUUUGGCGUUUUCCAGCUUAGAGGAUAAGCGUGGAGGGCAUACCGGUUUCCCGGGGGCAUGAGAGUGUAUCGAGUACCUUUGAAAUGAAAAGAGUAAUUCGUAUCACUAGAAUGGACCUUUUCUUCUCGGAUUGAGAUCAACUGGCUGG